ACUAGACCCGAGACGGCGGCGGGGAGCGUCAGAGCGCAGCGGCUGCAGAUUUUUCCCGUCAGAUGGGGGAGGAGAGGCGGUCAGGAGGCAGAAGGGACAGCGGGAGAUGGGAACAUUCUAAUCCAACGGGAUAUGGACUCAUGGAUUGAAUUAACGCACAAAAUCACAGAGAUUCUCGCCUAACAACACAUCAUCCACAGUAUUCCGCCUGAUAGCGCAUCUCGGCAAUGGCUGUUGGGAAGUGAAUUACGGGUGCGCAUCCAUCUGGAGUGAUGCGCGCUACCGGACCCAUCCGUCAGAGUUGUUGUCUCUCCAGGGUUCGUUAUCGGUACCGUCGUUCUCCUCUCGCCGGUGCGGAGAUCAUAUAAUGGAGAGCCCCAAUGGCUCCGAUACCAAACCGCAGAGCCAUCAUCCUCAGGUGGAAAAGAAGAGGUUAAACCGCGCACCGUCCCCUGCCAGACCCGUUCUAAAGGAUGUCCACUCCCGGUCGGCCAAGCAAAUUGUGCCAAAAUCACCCAAAUUCAACAAGCAGCACGCGACCGCGUCGUCGGUAGCGUCUCAUAAUCGCGUCCCGAGACGCGCCGCCCCGGGCGCGAAGGACAAACCAGCACCUGCCAAAAGCAACAUCAAGCCCUCGGCUGCAAAAAAGGCAGUUAAGGUCACUCAACAUGCAGCAUCCGAACCGAAACCGGCCUGCAAGCUUGACACUGCUCCGCAGAUCACCAAAAGCAAAGGAAGGCUGGCUCAGCUUUCUCACGGCGCCGCCGGGUCCCCGAUACGCGUCCCCACCGGGCGGGUUUGCCAGACGGACAGCAGCUCGGAUUUGUCCGAUUGUCCGUCCGAGCCGCUGUCUGACGAGCAGAGACUCGUUCAGGCCGCAAGUAGCGAUGCGGAGUCGGCCAGUGGAUCGGGGUCGAGCGAGCGCCCGGAACAGGUGGCACGGGUGCGGAUGCGAACGGAGGCGGCGGGGAUGUGUCAGGCUUCACCUGUGUCAGGUAAAGCCGAGAAAUCAGCACAACACAAAGCGGAAGGGAAGGACAUGAUCCACGAAGACUUGUCAAGGGAGAUCGAAGAGCUUCGUUCGGAAAAUGACUACCUCAAGGAUGAAGUUGACGAGUUGCGUGCGGAGAUGGAAGAAAUCAGAGACAACUACCUGGAGGAGGAAGUGUACCAGCUCCAGGAUCUCCGCCGGGAACUGGACCGUUCCAACAAGAACUGCCGGAUCCUUCAGUAUCGCAUGCGCAAGGCCGAGCAGAAGAGCUUGCGUGUAGCUCAGACCGGACACGUCGAUGGAGAGCUUCUCCGUGGUCUGGAGCAGGACCUGAAGGUGGCCAAAGAUGUAUCAGUGCGUCUGCACAACGAACUGGAGACGGUGGAGGACAAGCGCACACGGGCCGAGGAUGAAAACGAGACGCUCAGGCAGAAAAUCAUUGAGGUGGAGAUCUCCAAACAGGCCCUGCAGAACGAAUUUGAGAGAGCCAAAGAGACUGCUCUGCGUAGACGGGGGAGCAGAGAAGCAUUCAAAGACAAGAAAUCUUUAUCUCAGGAGGACAGUGCAGACCUGCGGUGUCAGCUUCAGUUUGCCAAGGAGGAAUCAGCCCUCAUGCGUAAAAAGAUGGCAAAAGUAGGCCGUGAGAAGGAUGAACUGGAACAAGAGUUGCAGAAGUAUAAAUCCAUAUAUGGAGAUGUGGACAGUCCUUUACCCCUGACGGAGGUGAUGGGCGGAGGCCCCCACACCACCCGGGAGGCCGAGUUACGCUUGCGUCUCAAACUGGUAGAGGAGGAAGCCAACAUCCUAGGCAGAAAAAUCGUAGAGCUGGAGGUAGAAAACCGCGGCCUCAGGGCGGAAAACGAGGAUUUGCGCUGCCAGUACGAGAAGGACUGCUUCGGACGUGAACCCUUCUCGAGUGUUCCCACCUCUCCGUACGGCGGAGACGCUCUGGAAUCCGCAAGUGAACUGCGGCGGCACCUGCAGUUUGUGGAAGAGGAGGCAGAGCUUUUGCGUCGAUCCAUCUCUGAGAUCGAAGACCACAACAGGCAACUGACAUCUGAACUUAACCGCUUUAAAUUUGGUCCCAGUCAGGGUGACAGGGAGUCUGAGGGGGCCGAUGGUGGAAGUGAUGGAAUGCCAAAACCAGCCAACGGUAGUGGAGGUAAUGGAUUCAUGGGUCCGGGGAGCGCUGCCCUACAGGAGGAGCUAAAAGCCUCCAGACUCCAAGUGAAUGAACUGAGCGGGAAAGUCAUGAAGCUACAGUACGAGAACCGGGUGCUAAUCUCAAAUAUGCAACGGUGCGACCUGGCGGCACACCUGGGCGUGCGUACUGGCAGUCCUCGAGAGAGCGACAUGGACGCUGACACAGGACGAAGAGAACCAGACGAAGAGGAGACAGCCAGGCUCUUAUUACUGCACCCCAAACGGGAGGGUCCUGUCGGCGGCGAGAGCGACCCCGAUGACCUCUUCGAGAAGACCACCACCUCUGGAUUCGCAAGCGGAGACAAACCCUCCGAGUUGGCCCAGCGGAGACGAGAAGACCGAGAGAUGCUUAACAACGUCAGACGUGAAGCGGAGCGACUCACAAAAACGGUGGAGCGGCUCAUUGUGGACACGGAGAGUCUGAUCCGCGAGGGACGUCUGGUGAUCGUGGGAGCGGAAGGUUCCGAUACUGAAUCCAACCCCGGCACUCCGGUGCUGGAUACCAUCAACACCUCUAUGAGGACUUUGCGGACGGAUCUACAGAUGUUCAUGGAUAAAGUAGACCACCUCGGGGACGGAUUACGAGAUCGUACAGAUGACCUGUCCCCCAUGCCCAACCUCACCGAAUCAAGCAGCUUCCUUUCCACGGUCACUUCCAUGUCAAGAGACUCGCCCAUCGGGACGGUGGGAAGAGAUCUGAUGUCGGACCUUCAGUACUGGAGAAAGGAUGAGCACGACUGGUGCCUAGAACGGCAGAGUGGCCCGGAGCCCCAGGGGCAGGUCAGCGCUAAGGGCUGUGCCACACCCAGGGCGGUCCCUGGACUCACUAGAUACAUCAGACCCCACAGUUUCAGACCCGAGUGCUGGGAUUUUGAGACUGCUCUUCUGUGUUCUGGUGGGGUCCAGUUUCGUGACCCGGUCCUGUCUGAGGUGCAACUACGCCUGGACCAUGAGAGAAGGCUGAGAUGUGGAACGGAAGAGAGAGAGAGCAUCACAUCCAUCACUCAGGAUGAGGAGAGAUGGCGUUCAGAGGCACGUCGUGGUCUCCAGCUGCAGGGGCUUCAGUCUCAUGAGCCGGCGGGGCCGCAGGAAAGAGUUCUGCUGCAGCAGGAAGUCUGCAGCUUCCGUCACAACAUCGUCAUCGUCUACAUGAAACUGCGAUGGAUCCUCAUGCACUGGAGACUCGGACGCAGGACAGACGCCACAGAGGAGAGCGCACACGCAGAGUACGAGAGGUUGGAGAACAUUCCAGAACCGAGUGUUGUGAUCGAGCAAGCUGACAGUGAGAUGGAGGGAGAGGACCGAGUGUAUACCCACAUCACAGGAAGUGACAUUACAGAGCCCGGUCCACACGUUUUUCCUGAGGGAAUCCAGUACCAGAAACAGGCGAGCGACAGUAGGCGGGUGAUGCACGCCCUGUGUUCGCUGCUGGAGGAGUUCAGGGCGGAGUUACGUGAGGAGGCGCAGCGGCGCUGGCAGCUGCAGCAGACGUUAGCCAAUGAGAGAGCGGCGUGGGAGAUACAGAGGUCUGAAAUGAGGAGCCGUGUCGCCAAGGAGGUGAGCGGUGAGUCUGCAGGUGCAGGCGCAGCAGAUGCGCUGGAGCAGGAACGUGAGGAACAGUGCCGGCUGUUGGCAGACAGUCAUAGUCUUGCAAUGGAGCUGUGCUGGAAACUGCAGCACGGGGAGAAGCGCUGGACCCGUGAGCGCAACGACCUGUUGGAGCGGUUCGAGAAAGAGAGGCAGGAAUGGGACCACAGUUUACGGGAGAUGCACGGCAAGAUGGAGAAGAUGCAGAAAGAUCUGUGUCGUUCUGAAGGAGCUCAGCCGUCAGAAGGAGGCCCAUCGCAUGUUUUUUCUCCUCAGGAGAGCCCCUCUAAGCCUCACAGAUCUCCGCGUUCAUCCUCCACGGCCGUGCACAAGCGUUCACACUCCGACUCCGAAGCCACACUUGAAGAGAAGGGAGCGGUAAGCAGACUCAGACCCUGUGAGGGAUCUCGGCCUCCGGAGAGUCUGUUCCUGGACGCGCUCUCUCUGGACCCACUGAAUGAGAAGGAGGUUCCUCCUCCGUCACGUCUGGAGAUGGAGAAACGCUUUCCCUGCAUGAAAGAAGCGCUCAAUGAGAUUUGUGAGACUGUAGAAUCUGAGGUUUAUCCAGAAGAGGAGGAGGAGACGGGAGGUGGCAGUCUGCUCAGGGCAAAGUCAGUUUGCUCCAUGAGCGACUUCCAGCGAUUGAUGGACAGCUCCCCCUUCCUCCCAGACAAGAGCAAGUCCGGCGAUCACGAACGUGACGACGUGACUCCUCCCCUUUCACCAGAUGACCUCAAGUACAUCGAAGAGUUCAACAGCAAGGGCUGGGAUCUGCCCCCGGGCUCCCUGACCACCUGCCCCAUUCCCGGUCCGGUAAUCCCCCCUCAGGUGAUGGAGGCCUGGACGGAAAGAGCAGAAUCCCGAAGGGCUGAAGGGUCCACUUCCGAAGCAUUCCAGCCAGCCUCCUGGUACCUGACCACGAGCGCUACCUUGACCACCAACACCACAAGUAGUCCCGAGUACUGCCAAAGGCUCUCCCUCAGGGCGGCCCAGGAGGCUGAGCAGUUUGGCGUUCACGUCCUCCACCGAGGGGAGCGCCCCACUAUGGUUCCCCCUGAGCAAGACUACGUGUUCUCCAAAGACAUGCCGGGGGAGGUCAUAGGUGCGGAGGAGCCGUUUGGAGGCAGGUGGCCGUGUGAGUUGAGGGGUCAUUUGGAGACGGGACUCAGGUCGGGAGAACGUCCGCCGCUUUGCAGCGCUGUAGGGUACACCUCAUCUCUAGAGCUGGAGAUGUUACGCAACCUGAGCGAUGACAUGAAAGAAAAAGCUUUUUCCGCCCGCAACGGCAUCCGAUCCUCCGGAUCCAGCCCUCCGAACGAGGUUCGCGAUGCGGCGUCUCAAACAAACGGUUUAACCACGCGGGGGACUCAGACCACCCAGACCAUCACCGUGGGGCUUCAAACCGACACUCUCCGUGCCCUCACCAGCAGCCCGCACCGAUGUCUCACGCCCAAAGGAGGCUCCACCCCCAUCUCCUCCCCGUCCCGCAGCCUCAGAAAGAUGCAGUACUCUCCCGUCGUGCAGACCAAAUUCGAUCGCCCCUGCUGUUCGCCUAAAUACGGCUCGCCCAAGCUCCAACGCAAACCCUCCUCCACCAACUCCAUCAAAACUGAACAAACCACCGGCCAAGCUCGCGCUCCCACUCCGACGACUCCGCCACAAAAGGGCAACAGCGAAUCGGCUUGGGCACGCUCCACGACAACCAGAGACAGUCCCGUUCACACCACCAUCAACGACGGCCUCUCCAGCCUCUUCAACAUCAUCGACCACACGCCCGUCGCUUACGACCCCGCGCAGAAGUUCAACAAAUCCCCCAGCCGCUCUCGACCUGCCGAGGAGGGUGCUCAAGGGUCCACGGACCCCAAAUGUUCCAGAAACUCUCGGGGCCGGUCCCCGAGUCCUGUGCAGUUGAUCGUGGAAACGCAGGGUGAGAAGACCCCUGAGGUGAUUUGCAUGAGACAGGACCUGUCCGCUCCUCCCGGAUACACGAUAGCGGAGAACGCAGCGCGGAUUUUGAAUAAGAAACUUCUGGAGCAGAGCUUCAGAGAGGAGAGGAGACUGUCCGCCUCAAAUCCAGCCGCCCAGAACAGAGGUGACACUGAGAAAGGCGGAUGUCUCGAGGACCUGCCACGUUCCCCAGUGGCCCCACCUCUGGAAUCCUGCUUCCUGCGGCCGGCUCGUCCUGCCAACCGACGACCACCGUCCCGCUGGGCUGCCCACUCCCCAUCAUCCUCUCCCAACUACAAAGACCGAGUGGAGUUCCGCUUUCCAUCGCCCGUCAGACCGGUUCAGACCAUCCCGGAGACAGAGGAACAGGAGGUCUGAGUCCUGCGUGAAGCAGUCUACAUUACACCCUUCUCUACUUUUUACCCUAAGUUUUUUUGUUUUUUGGACCGUCUCAUCCUCUCUGGGAUGGUUUGAUGUUGAGUUUAAUGCUCAGGGUUCAUAAGCUGAACUCUGGAGUGAGUCACAUGCAGCACACUUCACUCCAGAUUGUCCUGUUUGGAAUGGAAUACUAGCAUACUGUAUACUGUAUACUAUCUUAUACAAAUAGUAUGUGAACCAGUUUCAUUUAUGCAGUGCCAGUAAACUUGAAAAUAAAAUACAGUGCAUUGUUACAUGACCUUAGUGUGACUACAUCUACAUUCAUCCGGAUACAUUUAAAUACAGUGUUUUUGUUUUAAAAUGCUCUACCGUUUUCAAAAGCUUGACAGCAAUAUAAGUAUUACAUAAAAAUAGGGCUGGGUAAAAAAUAUUGAUUCUUCGAUUUUAAUCAAUCUACAAUUUAACGAAACAAUAUCAUUUCAGGAAAUUCCCAAAUCGAUUCUUACUUUACUUUCUUGUCUGUAUUUCACCUCUCGUCCUGAAGAUGUCACCAUCACUCGCACUAAUAUUGAAUGUUGAAAUCUGUUUAUUUUUAUAAACUUGUUUCAUGUUGCUUUGAAUUUAACUGUUAAAAUAAAAAGUUAAAAUACA